GUGGGGUCGUUAGCGGGACGUUUUCCUCCUCUGCUUCACUCUCUCCAUCCUGUCACGGCGUGAGCCUCAUCCUCCACGAUACACCACCACCACCACCACCACCACCUCCUCCUCCUCCUCGCUCUCCGCUCGUGCAGGCAACCGCAAGGACGUCCUCCUCCUCUUUCUCUCCCUUCUUCUUCCAGUGCAGACGAUGCGAGCAACGAGCUGCUAGGACAACUUCUUCUCUUCUUCCUCUUCUUUUCCUUGCGAAUCGCAGAUCUCGGGGACUUCUACUCAUCUACCACCUUUGAAUGUGACAUUGCUCUGACCAGCCAGGGAAUAAAAAGCCAUCACCAGCAUGAAUUUCGUUAUGAAACAAGCGUUGGGAGGGGCCACCAAAGACAUGGGCAAGAUGCUGGGUGGCGAGGAGGAGAAAGACCCUGAUGCCCAGAAGAAGGAGGAGGAGAGGCAAGAAGCACUGAGGCAACAAGAGGAAGAACGGAAAGCCAAGUAUGCCAAAAUGGAGGCAGAGAGGGAAAACAUCCGACAGGGCAUCAGGGACAAGUACGGCAUCAAGAAGAAAGAAGAGAAGGAGGCGGAGGCAGCGGCCGCCAUGGAGCAGGCCUCAGAGGGCAGCCUAACCCGCCCCAAGAAGGCGGUGCCCACCGGCUGUGGAGAAGAGGAGGAGGAGGAGAGCAUCGUGGACACGGUGAUGAAGUUUAUCCCGGCACCACUCAUGGAUAUGUUCAACAAGAAGUAACGUCGCCUCGCUUACGACCACCUCCUCCACCCUUCCUCCCUCCUCACACCCUGCUUUUCUUCCACUGCUGUGACAUGAUGUAAUGUUGGUCACAAAAUGGCUAAUUUUAUGUCCUGUCUGCCACUUAUUAAUUUGUGAAAAUAGACAUCAUUAUCACCCCCAUUAUGCCCACUUUAAUUUGUAAAUAGUCUGGUGAUACAUGACAAAUAAUUCUAUAUAUAAUAUAAAAAUAUGUAUAUGAAAUAUAACAAGAUGGAUAGAUGAGUACAAGCCAUAUUUUUAACUUUGAGGAAUAUAUCCAAAUCAUUUUUUGGUUCUUUUAUGUUAAGAUUUGAUACAUGUAUUGCAGGGGGUGGGGGGGGGGGGGGUCCUCGCUGUGACGUAUCAAUGAAGUGAUUGAUUGUUUCCAUUUUGUUUUUGUUUGUUUUUUCAUCCUUGGCAUGCAGUGAGAUGUUGUGACGUGACGUCGCCACUGGGCGAAAUAUUUAAGGCAAUAACCACUUUUUUUUUUUUAAUUGACUCUGUGUCAAAUGUUCUUCCACAUCCGCGGGGGAGCGGGGCUUAAAGAAAAUCCUCAAAAUGGCGCAAAGUUUGUCUCCAACCGGUAGAUGACUGUCAUCAUCCUGUGGCUCCCGAAUUUUUGCAAACACAUGAUUGUAAAAAUAAAUGCAAAUGUAGAAGACGCUUCAAAAACAGCAGACGGUUGCAAACGCCGAAAAUAUCAUUCCUCACGCACUCGUCCCAUGUCUAUUUUUACAGUGUGGCGGAAUUGGCAAAGACAGACAAUCUUCGAUGUUGCAUGUUUGACCGAAGAUGCAGGCUCCUCCAUUUUUUUUAAACAUAAAAAGUUACAAUUACACAUUGAGUUGUUUAAAGUGGGUAUAUAGUUUUGGGAAAAUAGACAAAUAGUGUGCAGUCAUCAGAUGCCUUGUCCUCGUAACUGGCAAUGAUAGUUCUCUUUUGCGUGUUUCCAUGACUGUGUUUUGCUUUAAGACGCAGGACUUUGUUUUUCAUAGUGUAGAAAUUUAACAACAUACAUUCAUGAAGUGUGUACAGGCUGCCUAGCAUUUUCAUCGUAAUGUUAUCAAUCUGUGGAAACUGUAAAAAUGGUGCAUCAAUUUGGAUGGUUGUGUUUUUGUUAAAAAUAUUCAAAGUUAGCCUCAUUGUUCACCACAACAAAAAGCCCCACUUAAGUUUGUGGCAUUAAAAAUUGAUGCGCAAAGUCAUAUUUUAGUGUUAAUCAAAGUUGCUGUCACUUGAAGAUGCAAAACUAACAUAUACAAAUCUAAUGUCACAAAUUCUUGGGUUUUUUUAAAGCGAGUUUAGUUUUUGCAUCGUAACAUCCACAAAUGUAUCAAUGGCGCUAACAGUAGCUGUAAAGCAAUGAUGAUUGCUAUUGCGCGUUUUAAUGUUAGCAUGUCACUUGAAGAUACCCAGCCGUCAAUUUUUGUGUCACCUCGUAUAAAAACCCAACAUAAAUUGUUUAAAUCUGAUAUGUAGUUAUCACAACAUUAUUGUUCAUUGGAAAACAAAAUCACACAAAAAGUUGAAGGGUCAUCAAAUGUAGAUCAGAUUGUUGAUCGGGAAAAAUGUAGUUUGUCAGAUAUGGAGAUGUUUUUUGUUUUUUGUUUCUUUUGUUAUCCGUGACUUUUGGAAACAUUCCAGCUAUUUCAGACAUUAGUGCUAAGACUGCCUCAUUUUUAGCCACAUACAAGAAAAAGAGAGACUGGCACAUAAAGUUGGAGUGUUGUCGGGACUUUUUGUUUUUUCAUUUUUUCAUCUCCAUCACUGCCACGAGUCUUUCAAAACAUUCCAGCUCUUUCAGACAUUCUGCGAACUUAUCCUCGUAGUUGGCCAAAAGCGACUCAACCGUUACCUAUAAAAAGCAGGCAAUUCCACAAUUUGACUGUGACCUUGAGCCAUUAUUUUUGCAUUGAAUCUGAGCAACAAUUUGGCUGGUGUGUGACAAAUCAUAGAAAUUAGAUCAGUAUGUCAGAUUCACGUACCUACUGAAUGUUGCAUAUUCUUGCUACUUUCAGUCAGCUAAAAACAGAAUUGUGUUGAACUUGAGCAUCCAGUGAGUUCAGUGUGCUGGUAAACUGCCCCUGCAGCCUUCAUUCGGAGCGCUAGCAGCUAACUUGCGACCAAAACCGCACAUCCGCAAACAGCGUUAUCCAGUCAAACCAAAGAACGACGCUCAUCGUAGUAGUAGAUAGCAGUAGUAGACAACGUGUUUUUUUCCCUGCAUAUCUCAGGUGUUAUUGCUUGUAACUUUGCUAGCCUUCUUCUACUAGCCUCAUUAGCCUAGUUUGCUAACAUCGCCAAAGGCCUUGAAAUCCUGCACAGUCGUCGUUUACAGCCAAUUGACUUCUAUCAAGCUUCGAGUACUUCUCCCUGACCAAUUUGUUCGAUUUGCUGAGCUUUCACACUCUCAUGAUAUCGUCGUUUAUUACUUCGCUUGCCAUAGCUAACGGACCACUGCCACUCAAAAUCCGCUCAUUAAUCAUCAUAAUAAGUAAGUCUGAAGAAACCACUUGAUACUCAACCUACUCUUUGAUGUAACUUGAAUGUAAACGUCUGAUGUACAAUGUUGUCUGUGUUCUUGGAUGCUUAAGUUAGCGUGCUAAUCUUUUGUGUUUUGUGUUUGUGUGCUGGUGAUUGUUUUUCCUUUUUCAUUUUUUUAAUAUAUAUAUUUUUUUGAAGUGCAUAUUUUAAGUAUUUUCUACUGCAAAGUUUUCUCACCCUCCUUCCACUUCUUCCUGGACAUCUGCAUGCUCUGUGGUGUGCGAUGGUAUGACUAUAACGUGCUUUUGAUGUGUCUUGUUGUGUGUUUUUAACCCGCCUUCCCCAUCACGCCACUGUGUUAGUCUCACUUGCAUGCCCUCUAAAGACAGAUAUUUUAGUCUGGAAACCUUCGUGCAAAACAAAAAAAAAGACAAGAAAAUUUUGAAAUCACGGUACAUGAGAAUAAAGUGAUUUCAUACAACCUU